GGCCGGCCGAUCAGCGACCAUUUCCUGGAGGAGGUACUUAUCGUUUCAAAUGUCCGCGGCUCAGACCCGCAGCGCCGUCUGAGUCCCGCCUGUUCAGAGCAGCACGACCAUGGACUAAACUCCACCACCACACCUAUUACACACACUCACCUGUACACAGAGAGACAGAGACACAGAUCUGCACCACACGCUCAGGACUGCUGCUGGUUCUGUCUGGUGAACUGAGGAGAUUUUCAGCUCGGGAUCAGGACCCACUGCUGCUCCAGGAAUGAUUCCGAGGAAGGAGGUGGUCCUCUCCAUGCUGGGGGAGCUUCAGGAGGCUACUGAGUCUAUGGGCCUGGAUGCCCUGAUUAAAGUGGCUCUGGAAGUGGAGCAGGUCCUCGCCCCCUUCCAUCUCCCUGCAACGCUUUGCACAGAGAUCUCCUCAUGGAUGGGAGUUGAUGGAGUGGCUCACAGACUGUACCCAGCUGAUGCACCGGCUGGCUUGCUUCCUCUGGUCUGCAAAGGGGAGGGCAACCUGCUGUUUGAUGCUGCCAGCAUGCUACUGGUGGGAUCCACAAGCCUGAGCUUGGAGCUGCAGGUGAGGACGGUGGUGGAAAUGCUGCGGUGGAAGCAGUACUACCUUAGCGGCAUGAUCGACUCUAAGGUGAUGCUGCAGGCAGCCAGAUUUUCCCUCUGCGCCGAGGAAUCCCAGGACAUGCUCAAGCUUCCUAUGCAGGUGCUGGAGGCCAUCUUUGAUGCAGAUGUCAAGGCGUCUUGUUUUCCUGGCUCUUUUGCAAACAUGUGGCAUGUCUAUGCACUGUCUUCUGUCCUCCAGUGCAACAUCUACUCCAUUUACCCUAUGUAUAAUCUGAAGAUUAGGCCAUAUUUCAACCGUCUUAUUCGCCCCAGAACGUACCCCAAGGACACUGAGCCAUUCACCCUCCACAUUAUGUGGUCUGGUGAGUUGGAAGCAAGUUCCAUGUUCAAGCCCCACAACUUUGUCGCCUUAAUUCAUGCCAGUGACCUUAAAAUUGGAAGCCCAAGCAGUGAACAGCGGUUGCCAUCGGUGAAGUCACAAGAUUUUCUAAGUGAGGACUUGCAGUUGUCUUACUCCACUCUCAAAGACAAAUUCAACAUCACAAAAAGCACCUUCUAUCGUUGGAAGAGGCAGAGCACAGAGUACCACAAAAAGUCAGUCGCCAGAUAUGAGGCCAAACACUUUUUUCAGGCCUGCUACAAAGAAGGGAAGCUCAUUUCCCAGAACCAGUUCCGAGAGUUCUUUCCAGAAAUUUCCAGAUCUACAUACUAUGCUUGGAAACAUGAACUCAUAUCUACUGGCAGUAUCGCUUCUGGAGGCUCAACUGGUGAGCUAAGCCCUGGAGAUAGCAUCGAACAGGACUACUGGUCUUCUCCUGAGAUCAAGAAACAGCCCAGCCAGGAAUCCCUUGCAGGCAUACAAGCCUUCAAGUCUGAGAAACUAGAGGGAGAUCGGGCUCAAAAUGUGGCCUUGAUGCAGGAGGCAAAGAAAAGCCUCCAAAACUGCAUUGCCACAAACACUUCAUUCCCCUACCGAAUCUUCAAAAGAAGGUUUCCAGGAAUUUCAAGAUCAACAUACUACAACUGGAGGAGAGAAGCCAUGUUGUUCACACCUUUCAAAGAUCUCUCAGGCAAUGAUGAUGAAAGUUCAGAAUCUGACAAAGCCCACAGUCCCAAAGAGAAGUUGCCGGAAUUGCCGGCUUUGUUAGAGAGCCGCAGAGUAACCCCCAGAGUCAGGAUCUCAAGACGCAGUCAGAAGAGUCUCAAGAUGAUCUACUUGCAGAAGAAAAAAAUUAGAGAAGAGGCCAAGGCUUGUGUUCAGGGCUCAAAGAUGUCCCUGUUCAAAUUCAAGCUCAAGUUUCCCUUCAUCUCUUCUUCUUACUAUUGGCUUUGGAGGCAUUCCCUCAACAAGAAAUCCCAGCAAAAGCCUGAACUUGGGUUUGAGACGUAUGAGUCUAAAAGUGUGGAUGUAACUACCGCAGAUCUGCUGAAACGGGUGGGAAGUCCAUCACGAUUUCCUUUUGAUGUUACCCUGGAUUACCUGAAUAGGCAGGCAGUCAGCCCCACUGAAUUCACCCUGCCGGAAUAUCAUCUGUCUGACAAGACCAGCAAUGAACAAAUGUUUGUAAUGGAUGUCGUGGCUUUAGCCAAUUUCAAGGCCAAGGCUAAACUGUUCCUGCAGCAGCGCUUUGAAGAGAAGUCUUUCCCCACUUUCAAAGAGUUCAGAUCCUACUUUCCUCUCACUCCACGCUCUACGUAUUACAUGUGGAAAAGGGCACUGCAUCAUGGAGUGCCAUUAGUUCAUGGCUAAAGGGAAUUUCUGUCACUUAGUAAAGCUGCCUACGUAUCACACACCCACACCUAACAGCCGUAGCUGAACAUUUCUCAUCAAUAGCUGAACAGUUAUCGUCAACACACAUCCUGUUAGACUUGAGUCUGGCAUCCAGGUGACUCCCAUAUAGUGUAAUUGCAGUUCAUGCAUCUUAAUUGUGUUCUUUUCAGGUUUUCUUGACCACUUGGAGUCCAGCUCAAGGACAUUUGCAUGUGUGUGAAAUCAGACAGUCUUUACAUGCCACUUAAGUCCUGAUGGCCCUCAGGCAAAAGGCAGUUCAAAGCCAUUGAUAAGAAGGUUUCAAAUGACUCUUUGUUUAGGGUUUUUCCUUUUGGUUUGCAUUUUAAAUGGACCAUAUUUGUUUUUUCCCUUAUUUUCUUAAAUGUCUUUUAAUUUUAAAUAUUUUGGGUUUUUUUAUUGUCAACUUAUUAUUUUACCACUUGCUUUCAUAAUCAGCAGUCAAUGGAUGGUAUUGUUUUUUUAAAGAGUUUAAAAAAAAAACUGAAUAGACUUUCACUUUUGGAUUGUUUACUGUUUACAUUGCUUGAUUUUGUUACACAUAUAUAUUUUUGUAUAGAUUAUUGAAUGUUCUCUGUUCUUUGAAUGAAUUCACUUGUUACAAGGUACACAUUAAAACUCAUGAGUAAGGGUGUUAGAAGCAAUUUUGCACAGUCACAUGCUCACUUUUGUAUUACAGUACAGCUGCUAAACUUUUUAUAUGCUGCUUCCAACUAAUUCCUAUAAUUUUAUACACUUAACUUUGAUGUAAGGUUCUCUGUGUUGCUUUUUUGUUGCAUUAUACUACCUAUUUAGAUUUAUGUUUUACUUUGGGUGACUCUCAGCUUUAAGAAGAGUCACAACAGCUAAUGCAAGCAUUAUUUAAACGUCUUCAAAGUCUGCAGCAAAGGAUCUUUUUUGUUGUUUGUACAUAGAAUACAUUCCUGUCUAAAGCAAGGUCAAAUGAGUGUAUAAUACUGAAAUGAUACAGGAAAUAAAUCAUGUAUUCCACUUA